AUGACGCUGUCUGAGUUGGCCUUUCUUUAUAUCUCUUAUUACCGUCUAGUAGCUAAACUUCUUGCAUAUAGCACGGUAGUUGUUAACAACUAUGUACUAGAGAUACCAUCUCAUCUUGUAGGUUUUCUGGUUUUCUUGAUGAUAGCCAUCUAUGACAGCAUAGUUAUCAUCCCGUCAUUCAAUGGUACUAUCAGAGAUCAAGUAAUCUUCGCAAUAUUCCUUUUGUGUUUCCAGUUUUGCAUGCUGAACUCAGCAGGAUACCAUCUGUUCUGCUGUCGAUCAGAGCUGGCAUGUAAGAGGUGGUUUAGCCUAGACCUAGCAGGCAUCUCAGUUGGUCUUCUUGGAUGCUAUUUUCCUGCAGUGUUUUAUGCCUUCUCCUGUUUCCCUGUAUGGCGUGAUGUAUACUUGGUUGUUGUUUGUUGUAUGAUCCUUGUGACACUGGUGCUUCAACUUCAUCCUCUCUUCCUUACAUCCUAUUGGUCAAGCAAACGUCUAAUAGCCCUCUGUGCAGUGGUAGCUUUCGGUAUAAUACCAGCCUCUCAUUGGGUAGUUCUACAAGGUGGCUUUGACUCUCUUAUUGUUCAGAUUUUUGGACCUAAAGUUAUAAUAAUGUAUAUCCUUGGAGUGUUGGCGUUAUUUUUUUAUGCAACUAAAUUUCCAGAGCGCUGUUUUCCAGGGAGAGUUGAUUAUGUGGGGUCGAGUCAUCAGCUAUGGCACAUGGUGGUGGUAUUCGCAUUCUUGUGGUGGCAUCAAACUGGGGUUACUCUAAUGGAAUUCCGUGAUAAGCAUCCUUGCGAGGAACAGUUACCAGGUGCAUGACGAAAAUCCAAAGAAAAUCAAUGUGUCAAAAUGACAAUAUAUAUUAUUUAUUACGAACAUUGAUAUUAACUGAAACAAAAUCAGUAGAGCUACCUGCCCUGAACGCACAAAAGCAGCUAAAAGCAUCUAAAUCUGUCACCAAAUUGGCGUUACAGAAAGAAUACAAAGCGUGAUCAUCCGUAGUUGACUUUUUUAACAAGAUCUUUCAUGGGCAGUUUGGAAAUACUGAUCAUGAAUCUUAAAUUUUAUCUGAAAUAUUUGUACUUACAGUACUACUACUUACAUGGUACUUGGUAGUAGUCCUCUUGAAUAUUCCAUGCUGAAUUUUGACAUUGGGGAUUGAAGAGUUGCACUGUUUGUUGUUUCGUACAGUACGUUAAAAACAACCUACUUGCAUGCAAAUAUAGUAAAACAAAAGCAAGUUGGGUUUUUCCUAAUUCUGUUACCAUUCAUAUACAUUAUGAUGGAGUUUUAAACAAAGUAUAACAAUGAAAUAUUGUAUGUUCUAAUACUGGGUACUGUUUCUUAGCAUUUAAAUAUGUACAUAAAUUUUAUGGGUACAGUUUUAUGAAAUUGGUCCAAAUUCUUACCCUAGUAUUUUACCUCAAUGUUUUACCCCUUUGCUAGUAUUUUUUAACAUGCUACAUAAAUGAAGUGCAGUGACGGAUCCAAAACUUCAAAAUAGAGAGGGCCCAGGAAGGGGGGUUUCCUCAGCUCCACCAUGGUUGGGGCUGAGGCAAGAAAAUUUAUGAUUACAUGGUACCACUAGAUGGCUGGAAAUGGCACUCUAUGAAUUAUAAUUUGAAAAUAUUUUCUCCAUUUGUUUUUAUUUUGAAAAUUGUAGGGGCCCUUGGGCCGAAUGGGGCCCCCUUGAAUCCACCAUGUGAAGUGUUUCCAUUGAUUUUGAACGUGGAAUGUUUCAUCAUUAUGGCCAACAUACACAGUACUGUAUUAAAUGAAAUAUGUAACCCUCAGGCAUAAGUAAAAUAUUGUAUUUAUAGUCUCGAAUGUAAACACUUUUAAAUUUUCUGUAUUCAAUGUGUGUUUAUACUGCUUU